AUGAGUGCAAAUCUGCAGGAAAUCGUGAUCUCACGCCAUGACAUAGCGAUGUCUUCCACCGGGCAAAGCCACUGUGGGUGGCACGACAGCACGAUGGCUGACACAAGUGAAGAGAUCCACUCUGGAUCGCUUGACAGCAUGAUGGCUGCCACAAGUGAAGAGAUCAAGGUUUCCAACCGACAAACGGUGCCAAAGUUUCCAAAGGUUCCGUCGACAAUUCGUCAAAUUAAACAGAACGAGGAAUGCUAUGAUCCAUCUCUUGUCUCCAUCGGUCCCUAUCACCAUGGGAAAGAUGAACUCAAGGAAAUGCAGAAGCUCAAGGUUUCAUUCGCCCGCCAGUUUGUCAAGGAUUGUGUAAAUGACGUCAAUCAAGAACGGUACAAAGAAAAGUACCAAGAAAUGUACCGUAGGGUUGAGCAAGUGGCCAGCAGAGUAAGAAAAUACUAUAUAGAGAAUGAAUCAAGCCAGCUCAAGAACGAGGAAUUUGCCCAGAUGAUGUUUUUUGAUGGUUGUUUCAUUCUUCAAUUCCUCUUCUGCCUCUUAAAGCAACCUGAGAAACUAAAAAUGUCUAGUCACGAUGUCGUUUUGGUUGCAAGGGAUUUGUUCUUACUAGAGAACCAACUCCCUUUUGAGGUUCUUAAUGAAUUAACGAGGUUGAGGUUCGGAGGAGAGAACAUGGAAUUGUUUGAAGCUUUCUUCAAGCAUAUUCGUUCAAAGCCCACUCAAAGAGAGUCAUGCAGGGAAAAGACAAAAAAAAAUUUACUAACCAUUUCAAAUUUUUUUCGCAGAAUAUUGCCAAGUACAAAUCCGAAAGGCCAGGAAAGUGAGAUGACUGCCCCUCGUAAGCCUGCAGCCCAUCUUCUCGAACUUUUUCAUCUCACAUUUGUUGGAAGCAAAGAUGUCCCCGAUGCUAGUACACGAAAAAGCUGGUACAGGGAUGAUUCUCGAAAGACCUGGUCUGGCCGGUACAUUCCUGCCAAGGAACUUAGGAAUGUUGGGAUCCAUUUCAAACCAAGCAAGACUAGUCUUUUCACCGAUGUCGAGUUCAGGACAACAGUACUCGCCGGAAGACUCUACAUUCCUCCACUAAGCAUAGAUGACUCAACCAAGCCCCUGCUCUUAAACCUGGUAGCCUAUGAAGCAUUUCUAGGUGCAACCCAUGAUUGGGUCACUUCUUACGUAUGCUUCAUGGAUUCAUUGAUUGAUAACCCCGAAGAUGUGAAUGAGCUGCGAACAAAAGGCAUACUCUUCAGUACUCUUGGAAACGACAAGCAGGUAGCAGAACUGUUCAAUCAGAUAUCAGAUUAUUUAGUGCCCAAUCCCUAUGCUUACGUCGAGGUUAAAAGUGCCAUCGAAUCGCAUUAUAGAAACGGGUUCAAGCGAUGGAUCCUUCAUUAUAAGGGUCCUAUUUAUUCCUUCGUUUUAAAGUAUUCAUUUAUGUAUGGCCUCAUAGUAAGUGCCAUAAAGGCCUACGUAGUAAUAGUUCCCGCAAGCCCAGAUCUCGGUAUCUGCAAAAUCCCGGCCACAAAUGUUACCCUUAACCCCUAA